AAAAAGAAAUAUAGAUAACUAAAAGGAAUGAAAGAAAACAUGAGGAGGGAGGUGGGUGUUGGUAAUGCUAAUUGGUAAAUGGUAGGCUAGCAAAGGCCAAACAUUCACGAGAGGAAGGAAGAUAAAUAAAAAAGGCAGUUGGCUUAUCGCAUGUUUGCUUCACGCAAGCAGCUAAAUGGGGUUUGCUUCAUCGCGUGGCUUUAAAGACUUCAUUUAGUGUUUAAAACUCCCCUCCUCUUAGCUUCCUCCACUAAAUAUAUAUUUCUACAACAACAUAAAUUUUUUAACUUCAAAAAAUUAUUUUAAAAAAUAUAUAAAAUUAUUAAUACCACCAACCAAACCCUAGUAAUACACAACACAUCUUCUUCUUUCUUUCUUUUUUUUUAUUCUCUACAAAAUACAAACAAACCCCUUCAAAAUUAUGUUCCAAAAGUGGUGAAUUUGAAUUAUCAUUGAAAAUGAGCUCAAAUAACCAUAGUAGUAGCACCGGUGGUGUCUCCGCCCCAGGCGGAGGAGUGACUAGUGGAAGUACUAGUAGUGGAGGCGGCAGCGGUGGUGGUGGUGGAGGAGGAGGGCCAUGUGGUGCUUGUAAAUUUUUGAGAAGAAAGUGUGUUGCCGGUUGCAUAUUUGCACCUUAUUUUGAUUCAGAACAAGGUGCAGCACAUUUUGCAGCUGUACACAAAGUGUUUGGAGCUAGUAAUGUUUCUAAACUUCUCCUUCAUAUUCCUGUCCACAAAAGGCUUGAUGCGGUUCUCACCAUUUGUUUUGAAGCUCAAGCAAGACUCCGAGACCCCGUCUACGGUUGCGUUGCUCAUAUCUUUGCUCUUCAACAUCAGGUAGCAAAUUUACAAGCAGAACUCUCAUACUUACAAGCCCACCUAACAACCCUGGAGCUUCCAACACCGCCGCCACUGCCGCCACCGCCACCGCCACCGCCACAACAACCUCAAACAAUGCUCCACCAGCCAUCACUCACCAUAGCAGACUUGCCAACAGCAGGACCUUCAUUGCCAGCUGCCUAUGACUUAUCAUCACUUUUUGACCCAAUGGUUAUUCAACCCUCAUGGGCAAUGCAGCAGCAGCCACGACCGCCGCCCCCUCUGCCUCUGGACCCGCGCCACUUUGGUGGCGCUAGAGCUCCGAUGGACAUGUCACCAUCCACCGGAGGCGGGGGCGGCGAUCUUCAAGAAUUGGCACGUGAACUUCUGCAUAGACAUGGAUCAGCAACAGUGCCAUGCACAGAAUCAUCAGCUUUGCCACCACAGACCAAGUGAGAUCCAAAAGUACUGACUUAUAAUAUGUUAAAUAUUAGUGGUACUCAUGAGAUGUUUAAAAAAAAAAUUAAGAAAAAUGAGGGUUAUCAAUUUUAAUUGAUCAAAAAAAAAAAACUAGGCAAAGUCAUGAAAAAUCUUUAAUUUUACCCUAUUUGUAAUUUUCUUGAUCCUUCUUCUUUUUUGUUUGUUGUACUACUUUUUUUUUUUGGAUUAAUACUAAUUACAUUCAAUAUUAGUUAUA